AUGACAUAUAUGCUGGGAGAAGAUAACAUUCACAGCCAAUCUACACAAUCAACUGUUGCAUCCGACAGACCAUUUCGUCAAACAUUCGGACAAUCAAAUCUACAGACAUCAGUUACAUCUACUAUGCCAUUAUCGACGAAUCAUACGAGUGCUACUAUAAACUCGGGAAAUGGUUAUUCUCAAAUGGACUCUGCAGCUUCAAUCCCAAAUGAAACUAUUUUUAAAGCCAAGUUUACUUUAGAUAUUGGCACUUCGCCUGUUGCAAAAUCUGUCUAUCAGCUAGUAGCUCUCUAUUUAUCUCCUAAAUCAAAAAUCAUUGUAGACACAGUAAAGGACAAAAAAACACCUACAAUCACCAAGCCGGCUGCAUCUGAUACCCAUCUGUGCAAAAUGUUCGAGUACUGUAUGCGUAUUCUUGGAAGUCGGAUAUCGGCUUCAAUUGUGUCGGACGAAGGCCAUAUUUCGGCGCAAAUGCAGAAACAUUUAACCCGAAAUGACCACUCGAGCGAAAAGGCUCUUCGGCUUAGCAAUCUUUUGGCAAAGCUUUCUGAAAAGUCAAUUUUAAGGCGCCGAUGGGCGACUCUUUGUUUUCUGUUGAGUCUAUCCGAUAGUGGUGAUAAUAGCGUAGACAGUAUUAUUACUGGUACUACUGGAAUACGUCUUGGUUUGCCUUUGAUAGAAAAUGCCAAGCCCGCCAAGAAAUUUUCUACAGUUACUCCAGAGCCAGAAUCUAAUGCUAAACCAUAUUCUCCUGAACAACGUAUCCCGAGAGCCAGCGUAUUCAACUCUUACUACAUUCCGCCUUAUGUUGAAGAUGCCCAAAACCCACGCAUAUCUGAGUCGAUGCUUAUUCAUGAUAUGCUGUUUGUUUUCCAAGGAGUUGAUGGCAAAUAUAUCAAAUAUAGCACGGAAGCAGACGCAUUUAUUGUGGAUCCAAAUAUAUCUCUUCCAAGACCUACUCGCGAUCUCAUUCAAAAACCAUGCGAAGCUGGCUGGAUUUAUCGGAAAAUCAACCAUCACAUUAAAGCUUCUCAAUCCUCUUCAUCUGCUGGACUGUAUGAACAGAGUUUUUAUGCUACCAUUCAAGCUGAACUCAUGGACUACUACAAAAUGAUUGCGGUUUUUGAAAAUCAGCUAGAUUCAAGUGUGACUUUAAAAGAAUCGUUUUUUUCAGAUGGACUUACCCUGAGACGUUUAUAUAUCUUGAUUCAAAAACCACUUCAAAAACUACGUAUUUUGAGCUCAUUGAUAGAGGUUUGCCAAGACUGUAAAGGCGGAUCUCUUAUUUCAACAAUUCAUACAUAUGUAAUCCACGGAGAUCCAUCAGUACAUGAAUACGUUCGCCGCUUGCUUGUAGAGAUCUCGCGUCCGUUCUACAUUAUGUUGAAGCGCUGGAUUUACGAAGGCGAAUUGGAAGAUCCCUUUAAUGAUUUUUUUGUUUCUGUAGAUUUGGCAGCAGAUAACAACAAUUUAUGGAGAUCCAAAUACAUGCUUAACCACAAUCUGGUUCCAGGAUUCAUUAGCAAGGCGCUCGCAAAAAAAAUAUUUCUAAUUGGAAAAUCACUCAAUUUUGUUCGGCAUAGUUGUUCAGAUCAAAGCGCAUUUAUACUAUGGUCCCAGCAGUCUUCUGACCUACAAUAUGGCGAUUUGAAGAAGUUGGAAUAUUCGAUUGACAGAGCCUAUCAGACAAGUAGUAGCCAUCUUUUGACCGUCUUGUUUGAAAAAUUCAAAUUAAUGGAGCAUUUACAGGCACUCAAGCGAUUUGUUCUUCUUGGUCAGGGUGAUUUUGUACAGUGCUUGCUAGAUUCUCUUGGGUCAUCUCUAUCUAAACCAGCAAGCUCGCUUUAUCUCCACAAUCUCACUGGAACUCUAGAAACAGCCAUUCGCUCUUCAAAUGCCCGGUAUUUUGAUUCAGAUAUAUUGAGGCGCUUGGAUGUGCGACUGUUGGAGGCAACUGAAGGCGAUUUUGGUUGGGAUGUGUUUGCACUGGACUAUCAAGUCGAUUCACCAAUCAAUACAAUUUUGACGCAGCAAACAAUGCAUACCUACCUCAAACUAUUUACAUUUCUUUGGCGUUUGAAGCGAAUAGAACACUCUUUGUCCUCGAGUUGGCGCCAACACACGUCGGAAAUGCAAACCUUGCGAUCUGUUCAAAUGUUUUCCAAGGACAUUCAGCAAUGUUUUGCGCUUCAGUCAGAAAUGAUUCACUUUAUAAACCAACUUCAGCAUUACAUCUUUUUUGAAGUGAUUGAAUGCUCAUGGAACGAACUUGUAAAUUACAUCAAGGGAAAAUCUGGUGAUUUGGAUCUAUUAAUUGCUGCGCAUAACAAAUACCUCAACUCAAUUGCAAUGAAGGGAUUAUUGGCUGCCCUUCCUGGCCAGGCGAGUUUUAUCAUUUUGCCAAUUGAUCCAAUAACUACUAUUUCCAAAAAACUAUUCAAAAUAUUUGAUACGGUUUUGGCAUUUGGCAAAGUGCAGGAAAGCAUAUUUAGUCUUGCAGCUGAUGAACAGCGACAUCAAAACGAUCAAAUCCACUCGGCAUAUCAAUUUCAGAUGGAGACAGAGUAUGGACUACAGCCCAAAUCGUUGAAUGAAACUUGUACACUUCCUUCAACAGCCAGAAUCGACAUUGCUCGUGGUAAGCUCCAUGACACUAUCGAUUUGUUCCAGACUCAGGUCAAAACUCUCUUGUCCAGGCUUUCCGAUCAUCCGGAUCAGAAUCUUAAACUUCUUGGCACUCGACUUAAUUUCAACGAGGUAACCUUGAUGUGUGAUUGUUUGAUGGCCAAGAAGCUACUAUAA